GAUGAGUGAUGAGUGAUGAGUGGGAGUAGAGCCCGAUGAUGUUUCCUUAACUUCUUCGUAAAUCAACCUGCAUUGGUUCUUGUACCUAAGCUCUGUUUUUUGGCUUCGAAGAUCGAUUCAAAUUGUAAUAUCAAAUACUUUAUUCGAUCAACGUCACCGUCACAGACUCGCCCCCGUCCUAUUCAUCUGGUUGUUGGGUUGUUACAAACUAUUUGGUGUUCGAUUUGGUUUUGGAUUCAUCAUUAAUCAGAACAUAAACCCACUUUAGGAUUGUUCUUCAUUCUCUAGUCUCCUCCUCCAUAUCGGAGAGAGCCCUGUUCAUCAUCUUAAACACUUCAAAAACGAACGUUUUGGGUUGGGUUGGGUUUGGAUACUAUCACAUUAAUUAAUAUUUAUCGAGCUGAUGCUUUCCUUUCGUGCUAAUGGGUUUGUUAGAUCCAUUGCUCGGGAAAGAUGCAAGGAAAUUUAUCAAACGCAAAGACAGCGAUGCGGGCGAAUCAGGUCAGGCAUUGGAGGAAUUGCGAGGUUCUCUCUUCAAUGAGCUUCGAACCUCAGAAGGAGCCAAGCGUCAGCAGCAACGGUUUUGUGGACCCUCUGUGGCACUUACCUUCAACUUCUUCGUCGCCGUUGGAAUUAUCAUGGCAAACAAAUUGGUUAUGGGGAAGGUUGGGUUUAAUUUUCCUAUCUUCCUCACAUUAAUCCACUAUUCCACUGCCUGGGUACUGCUAGCAAUCUUUAAGGCACUUUCAUUGCUUCCCAUAUCUCCUCCUUCCAAGUCCACACCAUUCUCUUCUCUCUUUUCCUUGGGUGCUGUCAUGGCUUUCUCUACCGGUCUUGCCAAUAUAAGCCUAAAGCAUAACAGUAUUGGGUUCUACCAGAUGGCUAAGAUUGCGGUCACUCCAACCAUUGUCCUGGCAGAGUUCAUUCUCUUCCGGAAAAUGGUUUCCUUCAAUAAGGGUCUGGCUCUUACUGUUGUCUCAAUCGGUGUUGCAGUGGCCACUGUCACGGAUUUAGAGUUCAACUUGUUUGGUGCCUGUGUUGCAUUAGCAUGGAUAAUUCCAAGUGCCAUAAAUAAAAUUCUCUGGUCUAAUCUGCAACAGAAAGGCAACUGGACUGCUCUAGCGUUGAUGUGGAAGACCACACCAGUGACCAUAUUUUUCUUGCUGGCUUUGAUGCCAUGGCUAGACCCACCUGGAGUGUUAUCCUUCAAGUGGGAUCUCAACAACACAUCCACCAUCACCAUAUCAGCUCUGCUUGGCUUUCUCCUUCAAUGGUCUGGAGCUUUGGCACUUGGUGCAACAUCAGCAACUUCCCACGUCAUUUUAGGUCAAUUCAAGACUUGUGUGAUCAUGCUAGGAGGAUACUUAAUUUUCAAUUCAGAUCCUGGGUCUAUGAGCAUCUGUGGAGCUGUUACAGCUCUUUGUGGAAUGGUAGUGUAUACCUCACUCAACUUGCAGGAAGGAGAGGAGGCAAAUAAGCAGCUCAGAAAGGAGCUUUUAUAUCCUUUGAAACCCAAAACCAGUGCUGGAAUCACCACAGAAAAGCAAGAUGUAAAGAACAUUAUCACGGAAUCUGUCUGAAACUGGGGAUGAGAGAGAGAGAGAGAGAGAGAGGAAAACUUGCGAUACUAACCCUUUUCCCAUUGAUUAUAUUCUUGUUAAUUUUUUUUAAAUUGAUAUUCUUGUUUAACUUUCAGUGCUGGAUAAAAGAUGAAAUCAUGUACAGACAUGACUUUUUUU